CACAAAUAAGCUGAGAUUACGUCCAUAUUGUAUAUAAAGUUAGUCGAAAUGAUCGAAACACCGCAAUUAUGAUUUUGGCAUUGACUUUGUACGUAUUGUGCUGCACCCUGGUAGCAGGCAGCGAUCUUGCGAGGGCGUUCGACCAGAGAAGUAUCGUUCACGCCGCACAAAACAAUAGUUGUGCUAGAACAUGUGAUGGAAUCCCCAGAACUUGUUACUUUUACUUUCAUGUGGAACAGUACAGUACUAUGGGAUGGUCGUGCAAUUCCUGUCAGUCACAGGACGUAUGCCAGUGCAUUUUGGCCGACGGCGUGGAGAGAAGCAUGUACAGCGCGAACCGAAAACUUCCCGGUCCCAAAAUUGAGGUAUGCGAAGGAGACAAGGUUGUCGUUGAUGUUGAAAACAGGAUCGAAGGACUAGAAAUGACAAUACAUUGGCACGGAGUUUGGCAAGACGGUACUCAGUACGCCGAUGGAGUGCCAUACGUUACACAAUGCCCAAUUUUAUCGCACAACAAUUUUCGCUACAUUUGGUACGCAAAAAAUCCAGGUACUCACUUUUGGCACGCUCACACCGGUUUGCAAAAAAUGGAUGGGUUAGCCGGACCUAUUGUCAUUCGACAAACCGCUGCCAGAGAUUACCAUAGUUCUUUGUAUAGAAACGACUUAAGUGCUCACACAGUCAUGGUGAAUGAUUGGUGGCCAUAUUUCGCGAGUAUGACAUUGCCGGGUGCUCUACGUAGACCCUCUUUAAUUGGGGAACUUCCACAUAGUUUACUGAUUAACGGUAAAGGACAAACUCGGCAUCCUGAUACUAAUGUCAUGACUACAACGCCACUCGAGGAGUUUACUGUUUUUCAGGGCCAAACGUACAGGUUUAGGCUAAUAAACGCCAUGGGCACAGUAUGUCCGAUAAUCUUCACCAUUGAUCAACAUAAACUACUAGCUAUUGCUAGUGACGGGGAACCUUUCCAGAGUGUCGUCGUCGACGGUAUUCAGUCUUACUCUGCUGAACGAUAUGAUUUUAUACUUACUGCCAAUAAAUCAAUAGGUAGUUACUGGAUACGAGUAAGAGCGGUUGGGAUCUGUGCAUCGGAGCAACUUCAGCAGCUAGCUAUCUUACGCUAUAGUACGGCAGCGGCACUUCCAACUGCUCCUCGUCCAUCUUACAACACGUCAGUGCCUCAAGGAGUGAUGUUAAAUGAUUACACCAGAAACUGCGCGGAUGGUUUUUCAAACGCGAUAUGUCUCAACCACUUAAAAAGUCUGAGGCCAAUAGACUAUGGAGUUUUGGGAACCCCAAAUAUUAAACUAUAUUUGCCAUUCGGAACAUAUUUUCUUCCAGAGCAGCAAGUUUUCAAACCCAACCAAUAUAGGCCCUUCAUGGUUAUUGGCACCGGUGCAGGGCUGGUGACGCAUAGAAUAGACGGUGUCGAAUAUGCACCACCUCCGUCACCGAUAAUAUCGCAAUACUUUGAAACGCCACCUACGCAAUUCUGUAAUCGCAACAAAAAUUGCGUGGGUAAUUGUACCUGCACACACAAAAUCGACAUUCCUCUAAACGCAAUCGUGGAGAUUAUUCUAGCAGAUGACUCUGAAGAAGCACUAGCCCCUCACAAUAUGCACCUACACGGUUACGCGUUCAACGUUAUGGGAAUUGGUGUUCUCCCAAAUGACACGAGACCCACUCUGGACAAGGUGAAGGACCUCGACUCAAAAGGACUCCUUCAAAGAAGAUUCGUGCACCCUGCUUUCAAAGACACUCUAACAGUACCCAUUCGCGGAUACGCCGUCAUACGAUUUAAUGCCAAGAAUGCAGGUUUAUGGUUUAUGCACUGUCACUACGGGCACCACUUGGUUACAGGGAUGAGUCUAGUUUUGCAAGUUGGAUCGGAUUAUGAUAUACCACCGAUCCCGGCCAACUUUCCUAAGUGUGGACAUUUUCAGCCACCUUACUAAGCCAGUGCUUCCAAUGAACAGUAUUUAGAAAAAAUAGGAAUAGACUACUUGAAGAUCAAAAAUAAAUAUUGCAGUAAUAAUUUCCA